AUGUCAAAACGCACAACCUUUACCACAAUCUCCCCUCUACCCCCAGGCAUCACCCGCGAUGCCGUCCUCGACUUCCUCCACAACCACCUCGAGAUGAUCGACCUCAACCCCCUCAUCAAAGAGCGUCACCUCAUCCCCCCUCCGCCCAACGCGCCCCCGGAAGAGCACGCCUGCGCCUGGUACUCCCUCACCGACGAAAUCUCCUACCUGCCCGGCGGCCUGGCCACGGGAAACGUCAGCUACACUUGCUGCUUCCACGACCUGCCCACCGGCCUGCAGACCCACUGCUACGCGCCCAUGGGCCUCGAGAUCCGCGACAAGUGGACCGUCGCCGGCUCUUUACCCGGAGAACCCAUCGAGCCCGUCGAGCUCGGCAUCGGCGCCCCGCUUACGGGGCUCUACAUCCGCGAGGACGUCGAUAUGCGCUGCAACGUCUUCACCUCGUCCUUUGUCAAGAAGACGCUCAAGAAGAGCCAUGGCUUGCUGGUCGACCGGUUAAAGACAAAAGUCCACCGCGCUGUCGUCGCCGCCGCGCAUCAACGGCACGGGAGUCAGAACUCGCUAUCGGGGUCUAUAAGGUCCGGCUCAAGCGGGAACAGCGCACCGCAACCACCGUUCCCGCCGACACAGCAUCAAACGUACCCGAAUACGACUUACACGAACAACAACGCUCUCGGAAACCAGAUCAGUCUCCCAUAUAGGCCCUCAUAUCCCAACAACAACAACAACAACAACAUCAACCCCGUAACCGCUCCAACUCCAGCACCGACGCCCCCGGCCAGCGACGGCUCCCAAACCUCACAAAACGCAUACCCGGAACCCCUCCGUGUCCGCCGCACCACCCAAACUGGCUCGACGAUGUCCCAUCAACAUCAACAUCACCAGAAGCCGUCGUGGCCGGAUAUCAAAUCGCAGCCGUCCACAGCCAAUGGUUAUGCGCAGGUUAACUUCUUGGGCGGCGGCGGCGGCGGCGGCCACAACGCCUACGAUGCGAAACCUUUACCUCCGUCGCCGUACGCGGGUGGGAGAGCAGCGGGAGGUGGCGGUGGUGGCGAUGCCGGUCAGCAGCAGCAGCAGCGGAAUGGGUGUCAGCAGAACAGUGGCGCGACGCUGCAAGGGCCCUUUGUUGCUGAGCUGGAGUGA